GCAACAUUCUGGUCUGUGGAGACUCCGAGAAUGAUUUGCCAAUGUUGGAAGUAUGUCUUGAAUAUGCAAAAGAGAAAGUGUUCACAAUUUGGGUGACACGAGACGAGAGAUUGAGACAAAAGGUCAGCUCACUCUGUCUUCAAUACGGAAAUUCGCAUGUGGCUUUCGUUUCGUGUCCAGGGGUUCUCCUUGGCGCAAUGGCUCAAGCCACAGUUCGGGUAUUCAAUCUUCGACCGGGUAGC